CCUUCUUUAAUCAAAAGCCUAACUGCAGGGACCCAUUUGGGUGGCACCAAUUUGGACUUCCAAAUAGAACAGUAUAUCUACAAAAGAAAGAGUGAUGGCAUCUACAUCAUCAAUUUGAAGAGAACUUGGGAAAAGCUUCUGCUGGCAGCUCAGACCAUUGUUGUCAUUGAAAAUCUAGGUGGUGUCAUCUCAUCCAGGAAUACUGGCCAGCGAGCUGUUUUAAAAUUUGCUGCUGCCACUGGAACCACACCUAUUGCUGGAUGCUUUACACAGGGGACCUUCACUAACCAGAUCCAGGCAGCUUUCAGAGAGCCUCGCCUCUUGGUGGUCACUGAUCCUCAGGCUGAUCACCAGCCUCUUACCGAAGCAUCGUAUGUUAACGGUCUAACCAUUGCCUUGUGCAACACAGACUCCCCACUCCGCUAUGUGGACAUUGCCAUUCCGUGUAACAAUAAGGGAGCUCACUCAGUGGGUCUGAUGUGGUGGAUGUUGGCCCGCAAAAUCCUGCAAAUGCGUGGUACUAUCUCCCGUGAGCACCCAUGGGAGGUUAUGCCUGAUCUCUACUUCUACAGGGAUCCAGAGGAGAUUGAAAAGGAAGAGCAGGCCGCAGCUGAGAAGGCAGUGACAAAGGAGGAGUUCCAGGGUAAAUGGACUGCACCUGCCCCAGAAUUCACUGCUACUCAGCCAGAGGUGGCUGAUUGGUCUGAGGGAGUACAGGUUCCAUCUGUGACCAUUCAACAGUUCCCUACUGAAGACUGGAGAGCUCAGCCAGCUACUGAGGACUGUUCUGCAGCUCCUACUGCUCAGGCUACUGAGUGGGUAGGAACUACCACAGAGUGGUUCUAA